AUGGCCGUCUCCAUCUCCAACAAACCAAAGCUCCCCGUCGUCGUCGAGAAGCCGACCCCCUACACCUUCGACCUCGGCCUCCUCCUCGCCGAGGACCCCAACCCCGUCGCCCUCGACCCCUCGGCCAUCGACGCCUCCCUCGCCCAGCUCGCCCGCGACGGCGCCCAGUCCCUCAUCAACCAGCUCCUCACCACCUGCCCCCUCCAGUCCACCUCCGAAGGCGUCCUCCUCAGCCUGCCCCCGCCCGCCACCCGCCUCCCGCGCGAGAAGCCCGUGCCCCAGCCCAAGCCCCCGACCAAGUGGGAGCGCUUCGCCGCCAAGAAGGGCAUCAAGCCCAAGACCAGGGAGCAGCGCAAGAACCUCGCCUUUGACGAGGAGUCGGGCGAGUGGAAGCGCAAGUGGGGGUACAAGGCCCUCAACAAGAAGGGCGAGGACGACUGGCUCGUCGAGGUCGACCCCAAGAAGGAGGCCGACCGCAAGGAGGGCACCAGCGUCCGCGGCGAUGGCCGGAGAGAGCGCAAGGAGAACAUGCGGCGCAACGAGAGGAAGAUGCGCAAGAACGAGCGCGAUGCCGCGGCAAAGAUGGGCAAGAAGAACUAA